AUGAAGUCCACGAAACGACGACAUGCCAAUGAAAGUUAUAUGGAGGUUGAUAGUGUCAGUGGGAUUGAAGGUAAAGUGAAAAUGAGAUCUGCGUCAAAACGUUCGAAGAAUGUUCAAGGAGGUGAACACAGAAAGAUAGCUGUCCCAGCCCACAGAUAUAGUCCUCUCAAAGAAAACUGGACAAAAAUUUUCACACCAGUUGUGGAGCAUCUCCAAUUACAAAUUCGUUUCAAUCUAAAAACUAGAAACGUAGAACUUCGUACAGCCCCGGAAACUCCAGACAUAUCGAAUUUACAGAAAGGCACUGAUUUCGUCAAGGCCUUCGUUUUAGGUUUUGAAGUGGAGGAUGCAAUGGCUCUUUUGCGAUUGGAUGACUUAUUCGUAGAGACUUUUCAAGUACAGGAUGUGAAACCAUUGAAAGGUGAUCACUUGUCAAGAGCCAUAGGACGAUUAGCCGGUAAAGGUGGACGAACAAAAUUUACAAUUGAAAAUGUUACGAAAACUCGAAUUGUAUUGGCAGAUACGAAAAUUCAUAUCCUAGGAUCAUUUCAGAAUAUUCAAUUGGCAAGACGAGCCAUUUGCAAUUUAAUUCUGGGAAGCCCUCCGUCCAAAGUAUAUGGGCAACUGAGAAAUAUUGCCUCUCGUGUUUCAGAAAAAUUUUAG